AAAUUUUCAGUUGCAAAUUGUAAAUUAAAAUAAAACAUUUUCAUAAAUUAAUUUUAAAUUUAAAUUUUUAUAUUAUUUGGCCUUAAGACUAUUUCCAACAUUAUGAACUUGGCAAUAGUAGUAUUAUUUUUGAUUGCGUAUAAGUUAUACAUGGUAAAUGGCCAGGGCAAAGUAAGCAAGGAGUGUAAAUCUAGCUCAAACGCCGAUACGUGCUUGAUGCGAUUAUUAAUGAUAGGCGACCCUGAUUAUAUAUGGCCCGAGGACAUGGCUAGCAUGGACAAACAAUGCGAAGCAUAUAAAGUGAACGAAAAAUGUAUCCGGGACUACGCCGCUAAAUGCUAUCCGACCUUUCUCAGACAAGUCACUAAUGUGUUUGCCUAUGGUGCUGCUAAAACAAACAAAGUAUACUGUUCAAGUGCAAGUCGUAAGGAGUCGUAUAUUUCAAUUAGCAAGUGUGGCAAUAAAAUAAAACCUCAGCAAGUUAAAUGUAUGAAGCAACUCAUUAACGCCAUGCAGGGUAUAGAAAAUUACCCCGAUCCUAAAAUGCGUUUACCACUAUCGUGCUGGUUAGUAAUAUUAAAGUUAUUAGACAUAAGUAUA